AGCAUACGAACUCGCUACUAUAAAAAGUCAUCCGCUGCCUGUCAAAUGUAUCACAGCUGCUUACUGCGGUGAAUAACAACUGUUUUUUUGACAACUUGUCAUCUUUUCGCUAAGACCCAACGACUUUUCGAGUAAAAGUUUAUCCAAUCAAGAAAAUGCAGGGAAAAUUUGUGUGUGUCUUUGCUCUCGUCGCCCUCGUCAUCAUGUCCUUUACGGAAGUUGACGCCUGCAGACGAUGUGGAUGUGAUUCUUGUGGUUGUGGCAGCAGUGGUGGUGGUUCUAUUAUUGCUCCAAUGCCUCAGCUCCUUCCGCAACCAUUGAGCUUAUCUGUGAUCGAUGGUGGAAACAGUUGCGGAGGAUGUGGAUCUUACUAUGAUGGACCAUCUUACCUGCCAAGACGUUACUGUGGAGGAUGCUUGAGCCGCAAGCUCUAUCGUCUCCAGAGUAGCUGCUGCUAAUUCAUUAACUUUUUUUUGAUGCUAUUCAUUCAAUUUAUUUAUUGAUGUAUCAUACAUCUGAUAUUGCUUGUGUCAAUCAUAUUUAAAUAAAUCUAUUUGUCAAACUGA